GUCCAGGCAGCGCUGACUCAGCCACCCUCCGUGUCAGCGAACGUGGGACAAACCCUCCAGAUCACCUGCUCCGGGGCUAGCAGCAGCUACAGUGUUGGCUGGUAUCAGCAGAAGGUUCCUGGCAGUGGCCCUGUCACUGUGAUCUAUAGCAGCAACAAGAGACCCUCAGACAUCCCUUCGCGAUUCUCUGGAUCUACAUCUGGCUCCACAGCCACGUUAACCAUCACUGGGGUCCAAGCCGAGGACGAGGCUGUCUAUUACUGUGGUAGCGCAGACAGCAGCAGCAGCUAUGGUCUGGUCCAGGCAGCGCUGACUCAGCCACCCUCCGUGUCAGCGAACCUGGGACAAACCGUCCAGAUCACCUGCUCCGGGGUUAGCAGCAGCUAUGGUGUUGGCUGGUACCAGCAGAAGGUUCCUGGCAGUGCCCCUGUCACUGUCAUCUACAGUGACAACCAGAGACCCUCAGACAUCCCUUCACGAUUCUCCGGAUCCAAGUCUGGCUCCACAGGCACGUUAACCAUCACUGGGGUCCAAGCCGAGGACGAGGCUGUCUAUUACUGUGGUGGCGAGGACAGCAGCUACAAUGGGGAGACAGGGCAAUGGGGAAGUGACACAAAAACCUCCUGCCAUCACAGGAGCCAGUUAGAAUUCUCUGCUGUCCCUGUUUGA